UUUAAAAAUGGCAACUCUUGUUUCCCUUCAACAGAUUAUCAGUGUCUUUGAUCAUUUAUUAACAAUAAAAAUUAAGUUCCCAGGAAUUGUUUAUUAACAAACUCAUUCGUGUAACUACAUAACCGCUAUCCGUAAUCCGUAACUACAUAACUAUUCGUUAAAUGACAAGCAGUGACAAGAAAACACCCUAAACCAUAUGAUAAGUUAGCAUACACAUCGAUCGAUGCUUAGGGAUUUUUACUAUAUUGAACGCGAUUAACCAAUCAGAUGAGAAUCUGUGUCCAAUCGGGACGUGGGAAACGGUUCUAUAUUGGGUUCGAUAUCAAACGUAAUAUCCAAUAGGAGAGUUUAUUUUCUAGGGACAAAAAUGUUGUUGGACACUAUUGGAUAUAUCAAACUUACGUCGAAUACAAUGUAAAAAUAUGCCAUAAUAUGAAAAAAUGCAUCGUGCGUAUUAACCUUGCAAAAUGCAAUAGAUGUUUCUAAAAUAUUUAGAAAUCCUAAAUCUUUUUUAUCACAGCUACAAGUCGUUUUUAUGAAACAAAUAGAAACAGAUCUGCAAAUCUUUCUGUAUUAUAUAGACGUAACGAAAAUUAUAACAUAAUAGCACAAUAAAUUAAAUAAUGAUUUGUGAAUAAACUGUCCAAUAUGUAAAUAUUAUUUGACGUUGCUCGGAUGAAAUAACGGAAUAACCUGAUAGCGCUACAGGCUGCAGCUACAGGUAGCGCCAUAUCCGGCGUGCAGCGAUAAAAAUCCAUCACCGGCGGUGACCGGUAAAAUGCGAAUACAGUUAUUUGCCUCGCGAUAAUUUUAUACUUUCCGAUAAAUGUACUGUGACGACGGCCGUUUACCGGAUCGUCAUUUGCGAACACGAUGACACGCAUUACGUUUCUGCAUCCUGAUCUCGGUAUCGGCGGCGCAGAGAGACUGGUCGUCGACGCCGCUCUGGCUUUGAAGAAGAACGGACACGACGUGAAUUUCGUGACAACUCAUCAUGACCCGGACCAUUGUUUCUCAGAGACCAGAGAUGGUACAAUUCCUGUCACCGUCGUGGGCAACUGGUUACCUAGACACAUCCUGGGCAGAUUCUACGCUCUCUGUGCCUACAUACGUAUGAUAUAUGCAGCUAGCUACAUAAUAUUUUCCGAUCGACGACCGGAAGUUGUCUUCUGCGACUUGGUGUCCAUCUGCAUACCCGUUCUUCGACUGCGCAUUCCGUACAUAAUAUUUUACUGCCAUCAUCCGGAUCAGCUGCUCUCGCAACCUGGUGGCUAUGGCAAACAGCUAUAUCGCAUGCCAUUGAAUUAUCUGGAAGAGAUUACAACUGGCAUGGCACAUAAAGUAUUUGUAAAUAGCAUUUAUACAGGCAAUGUGUUUCGAAGCACAUUCAAGAGAUUACACAUUGAACCCGAAGUUUUGUAUCCUUCUAUUAAUACAGAUUUUUUCGACAAGACAAGAAUAGUAUCUCUAGAGAGGGUACUCGAUAAGAAAUUACCAAAUGACAGUAUUGUACUAUUAUCGAUCAAUAGGUACGAGCGUAAGAAAAUGUUGUCACUUGCAAUAGAGGCUCUUGCAGAAUUAGAAAAAUUAUUAACGAAAGAAGUAUAUAAAAGGGUGUAUUUGAUUAUGGCUGGUGGAUAUGACAAGAGAGUAGAGGAGAAUGUCGAGUACCAUUUGGAAUUAAUAGGACUCGCGGAUGAGUUACAUGUAACAGAUAAAGUGAUGUUCUUACGUUCACCUUCUGACAUUGAUAAAGUUUCCAUACUUCAUCAUUGUAAAAUUGUAAUAUACACACCACCAAACGAGCACUUUGGGAUAGUACCCUUAGAAGCGAUGUAUGUAGGCAAGCCGGUAAUUGCUCACAAAUCCGGCGGUCCAAUGGAAUCGAUAGUUUCUGGAGAAACUGGUUUUCUUGUCGAUUUAUCUGCCGAGGCCUUUGCUUCAAAAAUUUCUUUUCUCAUCACAAAUCCGGAUCGUGUUGAAGACUUUGGUAGAUCUGGUAAAGACAGAUUUCUAAGAACAUUCAGUUUUGCUGCGUUUAAUGUUCACUUGAAUAAAGCGAUAGAUGACUUAAUUACCAAAAAAACAAAAUAAUGUUAUUCGGGAGGAAUUAAACGAUCCUUCUCAAUUUUUUUGCACAAUAUCAAACAUAUUUGGAAUGGCUAUUUGAUAAAAAUGAUAUUAAAAUAUUAAAAAAUUAAAGUAUCAUUUUUCAGGGCAUAUUUAUAAUGUUAUGUUCUACAUUAAUCAAAUGAUUAAUGAUUUUUUUGAUUAGAAAUUACAUUUUAUACUGGAUUAUAGCUUAAGUUUGUAUGUUUAGUUUGUUUUAUUAUAUCCUAUAUGGGAAUAUAAUUUGUUACGGUUUGUAUGUAAAUUAUUAUAUAAAUAAUUACUAAAAAUAUAUAUACAGAAUAUUCAUAUAUAUACCAAUGUUUGUAAUAUUUGGCCUUGUUAAAUAUUUUAUUUUUAUGUUGUCUAGUGUUUUAAUUGUAUCUAUUUUUGGUUUUUCUCUUCAUUCUUCUAUUAAAAUUCCAAUGCCCUUAAUCUAUUGUAAAGUAAGUAAAACGUAUUUACUGAAUAAGGCACAAAUCUGAAAAUUACCUGUUCAACUGCAAUGUCUUUAUCAAGUCAUAUACCUAAUCAGUUUCAUACAGAAGCAUUUUAAAUCUCACAUAAUCCAAAGGCUCGAGUAUACAUUCAAAUUUUACAUGUAUUGAAAUAGAAAUUGUUAAAAUAAAUAGAAAUCAUAUCG